AUGACAGUGGUCACAGCUAAUCGUAAGGACAGGCCGAAUGAUGUGCUUACUCAGUUGGAGACUGGUAAGGAAUUGUGGGAUACGGUGGCUAGAAGGGCCAGUGUUGACGUCAUUCCCUCUGCGGCGCCUCAGCGACUGAAGGCCAAAAAUCAGACCGAGGGCGAUCACAUGACCACGCCGAAUAUCCAGGCGUGCUCAUUCACUAUACAAUCCCCGAACUGCAUUGUGACGGUAGUAGGUGCCUACAGAGCACUACUCUCAGAUGAGGAGGAGAAUGGCCAACUGCGCAACUAUCUGGCUGGGGUAAGCAACCAUGCGGAGCUUUUGGUCAUCAUGGGUGACUUCAACUCUCCGGAG